AUGUGGUCAAUAAUACAUUUUUUGGAGGAAAAUACCGUGGAAACAGUACCAAGCAAAUGGUUUUCUAACAAUAAAUGUGCCUGGCCCAAUAAUAAGAGUAAGCGGCAUAUUGCUGAUCAAUCUGAUCCAAAUCCACAAAAUUUCAAGUGGUAUGAAGCUCGGGCAUUAUUAACGGACAUAGAAUCUUUCUCUAAAGCAAAUAAAAAAUGCAGAAAAGCCUUAUACUCAAACAAAUUAUCGUCUACUGAAACUGAAAACGAAGAAAUGAUGGACAAAAAUAACACAGUUCUUAAAAUACCAACAUACGAGUCUGAUGACGGUACAAGUACAAAAGAAAUUGUAGAAAGAUCUAAUAAUAAAGAGCUUCAAAAAAAUCAAUUCUCUUCUCCAUCUUCCAACCAAAACAAUGAUCAAUGUUUAGUUGUUGAAUCUGAUAGAAAAAAAAAUGGAAAUACAUUUCGAAGCCUGCUGUCUCCUGAUUAUUUGUUAUUGAGUAUUACAGAAUUUUUACCAUCUCCCAAAAUGACAAAAAUCAUUGAUCAACAUAACUCGCAUAGAACUCAUUCAAAAAUUGAAUCGCCAAGCAAAAACAAUCAUAAGAUCAAAUCUCCAAUAAAGAUAACCCCACAAUUGUUAGCUAAAACUAGUAAAACUCAUAACUCAACAUUUUCAAUGCCUGCAAGAAAAAAUACUCAAAACAAAUCUCCAAUGAAAAGAUUUUCUCCAAGUUACAAUGAUCAAUAUUUAGUUGUUGAAUCUGAUAGAAAAAAAAAUGGAAAUACAUUUCGAAGCCUGUCUCCUGAUUUGUUGUUGCAUAGUCCAGGAUCUUCACCAUCUCCCAGAACAACAAACACCAUCAAUCUACAUAACUUUUCUGCCAACAGUAGUAUGUCAAAUCACUUUAAUAAAAUCCAAAGAAGCCCUUUUAAGACACCCACCAAAAAAAUUGAAUCUGCGAGAAAACAAUUGUUUGUUAAUUCUGAAAUUCCUGAAAAUUCAUUGCCGAAAACAGCCACUAAUAGUCAACAUUAUCGUUCUCCUCACAAAAGUGUCUCUUAUAAGUCGUAUGAAUCAAAUGUAAAAAAAAGAAGCCCUGUAAAAACUUCAACUAUUAAGGCAAAAAAGUAUUUAUCAGAUGAACAAUUCAAAGAAUUCAUGCAACAUAAUGUAAUACUUCUAAAACAUAAUAUGAGAAACCUGGACGAAAAACUGACUAUGCUACUUGAACAGACUAAAAAAAAUGAUUCCUACAUCAAUGAUAGUAACGAUAAAGAAACUAUUGAUUAUUCACAUCUUGAUUGCUUCUUUCCAAUCUGCGAUGAAACUACACUAGAUGCUAUUGAAGAACAAUUAUCUGUGGACAAAAUAUACAAUACUGAAAUGAAAAACAAGCUGAUAGGACUUGGUGGAAAAACAGUAAAGAUUUUUGUUAAACGAAUCAUGCAAUUUCUAUUUACUGACAGUCUCUUAAAGUUGUAUUCUUUCCAUGGUAGAGGAAAUAAAAAGAAGUGUUUUUCAAAUCUUGCCAUUUCAAAAGUCAUAUUCAGUAAGUUUCUAAAAUAAUUAGUAUUAAUAUAGUU